AUGGGUAUCGAAGAUAUAAACAGGCGGCUACGGCAGCUCAAAAAGAAGCGAGUAGAUGCCUCCAUCAGAAACAGGAAAGAGGCUGCGUCAGAAGAGAGGGCUCGGCUCGCGGAAGGGAAGCCGCGAGUGUACAGCAUGGCGGAGGAACCGGCAGAUGAAGCAGAAGCAGACGACACACAGAGCGAGCAGCUAAAGUUACUUAACUAUAGAAUUGCCGACUACGAAAAAUGGGACGAAAAGCAAAAGAGACACAAGCAGCCGUCUGACGGAGCAGACCUCGGAGAACUUGCCAAUAGUACAUAUAGAAGCGAGCUCCACCAACUCCACAGACGAGGCGUGGUGAAGGGACGUGCAACAAACGGUAGGAUAUCUGCGUCUGGGAAAGUAGUCCUUGACGAUGAACCGGAACUAGUUGAAAAGUUGGCGGCUGCAGUGCAGCAGACAGCGAAACGGAGGCAUGAAGAGAGACAGAAGAAAGCGGCGAAGGAUGGUGGAAGAGCGACAGCAGGGUCGCUCAACGACAAGAACCGGCACUUCAACGAGAAGCUGGAUCGCGAGUUCAGGAAGCGCGGCCAAUAA